UCGGAUCCACCUCGACAAGCCCGCGACCGGGCUGCUUCUCCUGCGACGGCCCAAAAAGUAGCCGUUGCCUUUUGCCCCAAAUUUGCCAAAUCCUCUGCUCCCCUCCUCCCACACUCCCAGAUCCCCUAUUUCCUCUCCCAUAAACUCAACCGCGGCCGUUACGCUCUCGCAUUCCCUCCCCCCAUUUCAAACCCAACCGCGUCGCGCACGAGAGGCGAGCAGCCGAGGAGAUUCCCCCCGCUUGGAGCACCGAUCGAAGCGAAGGCGAGGCGCCAGGGCGGUCUCGGAGUCGGAGGCGAGGCGGGGAGGGGAGCCGGGAUGGUGGAGGCCGGCGCGAGCUUCAUGGAUAAGGUCGAGGCGGCGGCGGCGGCGGCGGCGGACGAGGACGGCGGCGUGGACAAGGGCGAGGGGGAGGAGAUUGGGGAGAUGGCGCCCGUGGAGUCGCUGCCGGAGCCCCCCGACGACUUCGCGCCCGUCGCGUGGCCCAUGCCGGAUUUCUGCCCUCUCACGAUCGACGGGGCCGUGAAGGAGUCGUUCCUGGAGACCCUGCGGAAGGACGCGGCGGAAACGGAGCGGCCGCCGCGGGAGGGUGCGGAAGCCGAGGAAGUGAUGAGCCCGGACUCGCGGCCGUCGAGCAGCAAGCGCCACCGCGCCGGCACCGCCUCGCCGUCGUCCCGGAGCAGCCCAUACCGCAACAUCCUGCAGGUGUUCCAGCAGUGCAGGCAGGACGUCGUCGGGGAGACUCCGACGAAGAACUGCUAGAGCCGCCAGCCGAGCAGAAACAGAGCAUAGGAUCAGAUCAGGCCGCAUAUUGAUCGUGAUGCCGUGACUGAAAAGGGGAUAGGGACUUGCACUCUUGUGUAAAGAUUGAUACAGAAGUUACGAAACCUCGAGUAAAGACGAACACUAGGACAAAUGCAGUUUGGUAUUUGCAAACCAUGAUACUUAUUCUUUGCCAUACGUAACUACACCCGUUUGGCAUGUGCAAUGAUAAUGGACAGAUGACGUGCCAA